AAUGUUGAAUAUAUUUCUAGGAUUUGUUUGUUUCACGCUGUUGUCCUUCUUGCAGCCUUCGGAACAAUUAAUUAGCAAUUCAACAAACUCAAAGCUCUACACUUCAUCUGUGUUAGGCCUAACAAAGCUGAAGGAGAUCGAAGACUUAUACAUUGAUGAGUUGAGCGAUUAUAUGGAGUUAUUGCAGCAAAAGAUGCACACCUUGAAGCUAUAUCUUGAAAAACUGCAGCUGGAGAAAUUGGAAAAUUAUGAACAGCGUGUGCAAUAUGUAUCAAACCCCUUGAAAGCCUUUGGUCUACUUAGACGAACGCAUCAGGAUUGGCCCAAGUGGCACAACUACACCAAGUCUGACAUAGGCGCAGCAAAAUUGAUUGCAAUGGAACAGCUUCUGGCUAAAGCCCCUGGUAACGAUGAUAUGAUGGAGGCUUACAAGGGAAUGCAUCGCAUCGAAGAGGUGUACGAUCUAGAAGCGGCAGAUAUGGCUAAGGGAUUGUUAUUGGGAAAGCAAUAUGACGCUAAGCUGUCUACAGCCGAGUGCUUAGCCCUCGGCGACUAUAUGUUCAAUCAGAGUGAGUUCGCGAGGGCAGCCAAGUGGUAUCGCCUCGGUCUAUAUUACAACACCGAGUAUUCGAAUGAUGUAUUCAAGCAGAUAUAUGGAUUUGAAAGUGAUGAAAUACGGAAGAUGUUUCUUAUCGCUCGAAUUAAAGGAGGUAGUGUGGAUGAUGUGCCGAUUUAUUUAAGAGAACUUUCCCAUGGGCCGCACACUCCACUUUGGAAAUCAGAGAAAGGAAUACCCUCAGCAUAUCAAGAGGGUUGUUGGGGUCGACUUCCUAGGCGGAGAGACCUAACCUGUCGCUAUAACUUCACAACAUCCCCUUUCUUACGGCUGGCACCACUGAAGAUGGAGAUGAUUAGCUUGGACCCCUACAUUGUGAUCUACCGUGAUGUGCUUUCUGAGCAGGAAAUACGUUUGGCCACCGAUCAGUCGAAUUUUAAGUUAAUGGAUGAGGUCUGGACCUAUGAGAAUAAAGAUAUGAUGGAACGGAUUAGCACGGCAGGUAUGAUAUAUUUAAAAGAGUUUGCCAAUGUCAACCAACGGAUUGAGGACAUGACUGGUUUAAAUGUGUCUCUCUCUGAGGAGUUGCAAAUUGUCAACUUUGGACUGGGGGCCCAUCUAGCACCUCAUGGCGAUUACGUCAAUCUGACGCAACCAUCAAAGCUAGCGACUUUAUUUACAAAAUUGGGAGGUGAUCGCCUAGUGACGGUUCUUUUUUAUACUAGCGACGUAGAGCUAGGUGGUGCCACUCUGUUUUCGAAGCUCAAUAUUACAGUAUGGCCACAAAAGGGAUCUGCUUUGAUUUGGUAUAAUUUGGACCGAUCCGGAAGGCCAGACGUGUUAACGGAGCAUUGCAUAUGUCCGAUAAUUGUGGGUAAUAGGUGGACCCUAACCCAAACCCUGAUGGAGUGGGAUCAAAUGUUCAAGAGGCGCUGCCUGUGAUAUAAACAAGAGACAUCGGCAAGUGUGGAGAUGCAGAAAAGUUCUGUUUUUGCUUUAUACUUGUACUUGUACAUGAAUAAAUAGAAUGAAAGUGCUUAUGUCUAUGCUCAUGUA